CUCUAUUGUAAAGAUAUUUUGAACUUUUUUUACGUAUAUAUAUAUAUAUAUAUGACAUUUUAUUUUGUUCAUGUCAAUUUAAUAAAUUGACACAGCGAAAUCAAAAUGGAAACUGACAAAAACAUUUGCAGAAGACUCUAUAAUUGUUUGUGUGAAACAAUAGGAUCAACGGAAGUUGUAAAAGCAAGACGGCAAUUCUAUGCGACAGUAGAUUAUUUCACAGAAAAGAAAAACUUUGCACUAAUUACUAGUGGUAGCAGGGCAGAAGGCUUAGACAUGCGAAGUGAUAUAGACGUAAUGUGUCUUUUUAGAUCGGUGAAUGUGAGUGAAGAAAGAACAGACUAUUCCUUUCUUAUUCCGAAUAAUUUUGUUAUGGAUACUGACAACUGUAAUCCUUGUUUUACUCAAUUAAAAGGGUACAGCUGUUUUUAUGAUGCACUAGUGCAUUGGCUUUCUACUCCAUAUGGAGAGGAAUUGCGGUUUGAAAGUGAACGUAUACGACAUUGGAUUGUUUCGAUGGUCGGUCUCUUUAGGCCUGUGUCCUUACAUGGUCCAUGUGCAUCAGACAUGAACGAAAUAAAUGGAUUUCUUGAUAUCACUGUUUGUCUGCGAUGUCCAGAUUUUAUUCAACAAGCACAACCAUGGAUUAAAAGGGAACGUUUUUGGCCUUCUCCGAAAUUGGUGUCAAAUAUAUGCAGUUAUGGUACUUUAUUAGUACCAAUAGGUACUAAGGAUUCGCCAAAUGAACAUUUAGAAUGGAGAUUGUCUUUUUCCGUCGCUGAAAAACAUCUGAUAUUUUCGUUUACACAUACUCAACUUUUAUGUUAUGCUCUUUUAAAACUUAUGUUGAAGCAAGUAAUUGAUAAAAAUGAGAAAUUUAAUGGAUUACUAUGUUCGUAUUUCUUGAAAACCAUACUGUUUUGGGUUUCUGAGGAAUCUGAGCCAUAUAUAUGGCGACCAGAAAAUAUAUGGACAUGUUUUAUGAAAUGUUUUAAGCGACUCAUAUAUUGCGUUUACUACAAAUAUCUCCCUCAUUAUUUCAUAAUCGAGAACAAUUUGUUUGAUUGUAGAUUUAACAGACAACAACAUAGCAACUUUUUGAUAUUUUUGAAAGAAUUGCAUUCGAACGGAAUAAUGUGCCUAAGGAAUUGUAAUUUGCUUUCAAACUUCUUCAACAACAUCCCUCUUGCACCAAAUAUGACUGAUACAGAAGUUGUUUGCUGUAUAUUAAAUGCAAUUAUUCAAAUGAAUUUACGGCAAUAUUUACGGUUAACAGGAAUGUUCUGUAUUGUAGGAACCCCGUCCGAACAAUUGAAAAUGGGAAAAGUAUUUAUCAAGAGAAUUUUGAAUAUCAGACCCAAUGGUUUCUUGCCAUUUAUUGCUUUUUGUUGGUUUUCUCAACUUAUAGGUAAAAGUAUGGAUAGUUACACAAAGUGUCCAAACAGAUAUAGAUACAAACUAUUGAGGCAAUUUUUGCCAUACCUUUUUAUGGGACUUUAUACAGAUUCAGUUGCAAGUUGGAUGUAUUUAGCAACAUAUUACUAUUGUUUUGGCAAGUACAGAACGUCUCUUAAACUUAUAUUCCAUUCUUUGAAGGAAUGCACUAAUGGAAAACUAUUCAACGAAAUAUGUACGUUAUCUUCCACUUAUAUUUCUACGAUCGAGCAAGAAGGAAUACGACAAAAGAUAUGGAAAAGGAGACAUGUAUAUAAGCACCAUGUCGUAAAUGAGAUAUCUUUUUAUUUCAAUUCUCGAAUUAUUCCUCCAGAAUUAGAUGUGCAGGCUACUACACUGGCUUACAUACCUUUGAGGGUAUACAUUCAUUUUCUAAGGUUUCUCUGUUUCUAUCGAUUAAAGGAAGAUUUUCAGUGUAUGCAAGCAAUUGAUGACCUUCGGUAAUCCGUAUCUAGAACACAUUUUGAAGAUGAUAGAUGUGCUCUCGGACAAGCCUACCAUUGUUUAGCAAAAGCUUUGUUGAUCUUUGGACAACCGAAAGAGUCUCGAUUUUAUUUUGCUAAAUCAAACGCGUAUAAAGACAAAUUUAAGGGUUUUUAUUUCUAAUAUUCAAUCUUACACAUAUGUGCCAGGACUCGGAACCGUGAUGGUACUUCGAACCGCGAUGGUCAUGCUGAACUGCGAUGGCCUCCGCUGAGGGUGUGUUGUUUAAUACGCUUAUGUGCGAUGGCGGCAUUGAUUUAAACAAAAAACAGUUUUGGUUUCAAGCAAAUAUUAUACAUAGAUGAUACAAACAUCAGAAAAACUCAACCAUCAUAAUAUGAGUGUUCAAACAGUUAUUGGUCUCCUUUUCUCAGUUAUAAUAAAUCUUUAAUGAAGAAAAACCUGUUUUUAUAUCAUAUGGUUUGAUGGAUAACUAUGCAGAAGUGCAAGGGUGGUUUAUACGCUGAAUAGCAUGUUAUGUUCAUGAUUGUAUCAAAACAGUCAACAAAAAGUA